UAAUCAAUUAGUACCGCGGUACUGCUGCACGCCGCUGCACAUUUCGUCGAUACAAAGUGUAUACCCAAAUUAUGAAAUUACGCAUUAAACGCUGAUUACUGAUGAUUGCGAAGAUUUAACAUAAACAAAGUCGAUAGUACUGGCGGGGAUUUCUUCAGGCAGUACUCGCCACUUUCUCCGGCCAAGAUGACCAUCAUCUACGAUUUGCGCAAGCUGAAAUCGAAAAGACUGCGCAAACCCUACAAGUACUUCGCCUUCUUCAUCACAGCCGUCGUCGUCGUCGCCAUCAUAGGUGUGAUUAUCUACUACCUAGUCAAAAACAGCACUGACUCUGACAGCAUCCCCAGAGGUGCCGUCGUCACCAACGGCCACACGUGCGCCGACAUCGGCGCCUCCAUCCUCCGGAAGGGCGGCAAUGCCGUAGAUGCCGCCAUCGCGGCGCUCUUCUGCGAGGGCGUCUCGAUGCCGCAGAGCAUGGGCCUGGGGGGCGGCUUCCUCAUGACCAUCUACAACCGCCAGAACCGCUCGGCCAUCACGCUGAACGCGCGCGAAGCCGCCCCCGACCUCGCCUCCGAGAACAUGUUCGACGGCAACCCCGCGCUGAGCACGAAAGGCGGGCUGGCGGUUGCAGUACCCGGGGAACUGCUGGGGUACUGGGAAGCCUACCAUAGGUUCGGCGGCAAUGUGGCUUGGAAGGAGUUGGUGCAACCCACGAUUGAUCUAUGCAACAACGGGAUCUUGGUGACGGAGUACCUGGGGCGGCUGUACAAGAGCGUGGAAGAGACGCUGAGGAAGGACACGCCGCUGAGGGAGACUUACAUUGACCCGGCGACGAACUCGACGUACGUGCAGGGGCAGUACGUGAAGAGACCCAGGCUGGCGAAGACUUUGGAAAAGAUAGCGAAGCAGGGGGCGAAUGUGUUGUAUAACGGGGACUUGACGGAGGGGUUUGUCAACGACGUGAAACAGAAGGGAGGGAUCAUCACUGUGGAAGAUAUGAAGAAUUACAGGAUCGAAUGGCAAGAACCCGUCACCAUCUCUCUACCUUCCAAUCAAGUACUGUACACUUCCCCACUACCCGGAUCUGGAGUCAUUCUUGGCUUCAUCAUGAACAUCCUGAACGGAUUCAUAGACUACACCCAACCCGAUUCUGUGGAAAACUGGCAACGAAUCAUCGAAAGCUUCAAGUUCGGCUACGGGAGAAGAACAGAACUCGGUGACAGCAAGUUCGUUGAUAACAUCAACGAGUUAAUUACAAAUUUGACCUCUGCUUCGUACGCCGCCGGUAUCCGACAAGAAAUCUCCGACACUGGUACCCACCAAGACCCGGAGUACUACGGAGCUAAAACCGUUCAACCUGAAGACUCCGGUACUGCCCACGUUUCGGUUUUAGCCCCCAACGGAGACGCAGUCUCCGUCACCAGUACCAUCAACCUCUAUUUCGGCGCCGGCUUCAUGUCAGAUAGUACCGGGAUCAUCCUCAACGACGAAAUGGACGACUUUUCGUCCCCAAACAUGGACAACAGCUUCGGGAUGCCGCCUUCGGUGGCCAAUUACAUCAAGCCCGGGAAGAGACCUCUGUCUUCGAUGUGUCCCUCCAUCAUCGUGGCAGAGGAUGGCGAAGUCGAACUGGUAAUAGGGGCUGCAGGUGGUACCAAGAUCACUACGUCUGUGGCACAGAUCGCCAUUAAGAAUUUGUGGUUUAACAUUCCUAUACAAGAGGCGGUUUCGAGCAGGAGGAUGCACCACCAGCUGUUCCCGAUGGUGGUGUCGUUGGAACAACCCUUUAAAGAAGAUACGGAUUUCCUUGAAGCUUUACGUACAAUAGGACACGUCUAUGAAAUCUCAGAGAGUACUGGUUUUUCGGCUGUGACUUCCAUUUCUCGAAAAGGCGGCACGGUGAGGACCGCCACGGAUCAAAGGAGGACGGGAGAGGUUGCUAUUAUCUAUUGAUAAGAGUGUUAACUAGUGACUAUUUAUUUUAUUAUAAAUUAAGUGCCAAUAAAAUAUUUUUAACUUGA